GAAACAUAAUAACGCUGACGUGUUAUCAAGGCUUCAUGACCUCAAAAAUGAAGUGGAAGUAAAGACAUUAGAUACUAAAGAAGCAAAGAAUAAAAUGAGUAAGAGAGAAAAAUUAAUACAAAAACUUGCCUCUAAAAAUAAAGGAAAAAUGGAGUUAUCUAGAAUAAGCGCACUUCAUGUCAAAAAGCUCAAGUAUGUAGGAAGUAUGUUGCCCAUUACCGAAGUAGCUACACCCCAAAAUAGCAUUAACGAGGAAGAAUCAUCAUCCAUUAGUGAUGAGGACCCACCAAGUAAUGAUGGAUCCGACUUUGUCCCUGGUGCUAGAGAAUCAAAGCUGGAUGUAAAUGAAAUCCAAUAUAGCGGCCUCAAUGCCGAAAUAAUUGAAAAUCUCAUUGCUAGUACUAUAGAUUA